AUGCGUUCGCUUGUUUGGAUUUUAGCUGCGACGACAGCUUUGGCUGCCGCUGCCAUCAACGAUGCCGAUGUGCCUGUUGUCAUUCACCUCCCAGCCCAACAACAUCGACCAAGAUUCUUGGGACAGGUUGUCCCACCACGUGCCGUGAAUACCGUUGUUGCACCAAGAGCUCCAUCUGCUGCCCAAGAAAAGGCGAUUGAAGUUCCACAAGCUCAACAACCAAUUGCUCUCCCACCAGCACCACCAGCAGCUCAACAACCCGUGUUGACUGUUGCCAACGGAGAUCAAGUCUUCGCCCCAAGACAAGGAGCCAAUGUUCCACCACCACCACCAGUCAACAUCCCAACUGAUGUUCAAAACCAACUUAUCAAGUUUUUCGGACUUGACUCGUUCGGGAUUCCAGGGCUUACUGGAAACCAUCCUGAAGGAUUCGCUGGAGCUGUCCAAGAAAUGAGAGCCGCCGGAAUUCCAGUCCCAGGAAUCCCAGCUGAUCAAGCCGCACCAGCUGCUGAGGCCGCCGGAGUCAAGACUGUCAGUGAUGAUGUUCUUGCCCAAGCCAAUCCAAAUUUCCAAGAUCAACUCUCUCAAAUUCAAAACGCGGUUAACAACCCAGGACCAUACAAGGGAGGAGCUAAUGUCCCACUCCCAGCUGAGCAACCAGGAGAAAACGGGCUUAUUGGACUUCUUUCUAACUCUAUCAGAAAGGUCAUCAAGGAUACCGGAGUCAGUGACGCUCUCUCCAACUCCAUUCCAAACCUUCUCGGAGGAGGAAGCGGAUCCGGAGCUGAUUCAUCAUCUGCCCCAGCCUCAUCAUCAAACAUCCGUCGUUCUCCAACUGCCGCUGCUUCCAACGAUGACGUCCCACAAGUCGCCACCGCCGCUGGAUCUUCCUCAAACAUCCGUAGACAACCAUCUGCUGCUCAAAGAGCCAUCUCUGGAUUUGCCGCCGCUCUUGGAGGAGGAGGCAACAACUCCCCAACCCACGCUGGACUUCCAAGAAUUCCAGGGAUCCCACUUCUUCCAGGAGGAAUUCCAAGAAACUCCCAAGGACAAAUUGAUAUUGUCAGUUUGAUCGGAUCAGUCACCAAACGUGUUUCCAACGGAACCACUCUUGCCGAGCUUCUCCCACCAGAGAGACUCCAAACUCUUGCCGACAAUGUUACCGAUGCCCUUCUCCCAGAAACCCCAACUGUUGACCUCUCCAAAUUCAUGGGAAGAUGGUUCGAAGGAAUCAACUCACCAAGAGCCACUGAGCAAAGAUGCGUUGUUCACCAUUACGGAGGACUCACCCGCAACGACAAGACUGCCACUUUCACCGCCCUCAAAGUUUACAGAGAAGGAUCUGAAUUCGGACCAGUCAAGUACUCCAUUGGAUACGCUUUCCGCGGAGGAAACAAGGAUGCUAUGCUCCAACUCCACUCUUCUGAAACCAGCGAUGCCCAACCAUUCUGGAUCUACAAACUUGGACCAGAGGGAAAGAACUCAUUCGGAGACUCCCAAUACGAGUACGCCAUUAUCUCCAAUUGGGUCAAAUAUCCAGUUACUGUUUUGGUGCGCGAUCCUGACACUUUCAAGGCCAAAUACCAGAAGGAGGUUCUCCGUUGGCUCGAAGACCAAGGAUUCAUCAACGGAUUCAUCAGAGCAUUCAACCUUCUUCAACCAGCUGGAUACUCUAGCUGUCAAUAUGCUGAUUCCACGUUCGAAGUCUUCGGAAAGUAA